CCAACCAAUCCAUACUAUCUCCCAUCCAAGCGCAUCUAGAAUCUAUAAUUUCCUGCCCAGCCACAUUUCUACACAGCAGCAUCCGCCUGGUCUCGCAUUCUCUUGCUGAGAUCCUCGCACAGCUGUCCGAGCUGCGUCGACUUAUCUAUUUCAGCGGUUAUCGCAUUUCUUGAGAUGAACGCUUGCUCUCGCCUCCCAGCAUCGAAUUGCCUCUCAUCAUCAUCGUCAUUACGUCGUGCAUUGCCGUUAGAUUGUUCUCACUCUCCUUCCCGAGGCAGUCCUAUCAUAACAAGACUUUCUCGUGGUCCAGUCAUGGCUUCAGCAUCGCAGCCAAUCAGCUGUCCGCCAGCCAGCGCGGCGGGUCGCAUGGUGCGGGUGUCGUCGACGGAGAAAAUGGACUUCGUGCCGCACCUGCGCGACGUGUCGCAGUUCUCCUCCACGCCGACAAACACGCGGCUAGCCGGCACGCCGCCAGCGCGGAAUGAGUCGCUGGCGGACGGGAAGGGCGUGGCCACGCAAGCAAUUUUCAAGUUCGGCCGGCCGACGCUGCCCGACGUGGUGGAGGCGGGCGACCCCGUGCUGCACGAGCCCGCCCGCCCCGUGCCCGCGGAGGACAUAGGCAGUCCGGAGAUAGAGAAGAUCAUUAACGACAUGGUGGCGGUCAUGCGAGCAGCGCCAGGUGUCGGCCUGGCAGCCAACCAGAUUGGCCACCCGCUGCAGAUCAUCGUGCUGGAGGACACGGUGGAGCUGAUGCGCGUGUGCGACCAGGAGGACGUCAAGCAGCAGGAGAGGAAGCCGUUCAACCUGCUGGUGAUCAUCAACCCGGUGCUCAAGCCAGUGGGGGACAGCAAGGCACGGUUCUUUGAAGGCUGCCUCAGUGUGAACGGGUACCGCGGCAUGGUGGAGCGGCACCUGGAGGUGGAGGUCACAGGGCUGGGCAGGGAUGGCAAGCCCCUCACCGUGCACGCCACAGGCUGGCAGGCCAGAAUCCUGCAGCACGAGUGCGACCACCUGGCAGGGCUGCUGUACGUGGACAGGGUGGUUCCUCGCACCUUCCGCACCGGUGCCAACCUGCGCCUGCCCCUUCCCAAGGGAUGCCCCAAGCCCGGCUGCUGCUGAGGGAAGGAGAGCAGGCAUGGGGAGAGGGGCUUGGUGGCAUGAAAGGGGAGGCGAGCUUUGAGACGUCUCAAAACUGCCCAAGGGGUGCGGCAAGCCCAGCUGCUGCGAGGGGAGGGUAACAGGCAGGGAGAGGGGGGUUUUGUGGAGUAAAAGAGGGAUGUGUGGGAGAGAUUAAGGGAGAGGGAGAGGGAGAGGGAUGGGUGUAGAAAGCUGGGGCAGUUCGCCAUCCUGAUUCCCAACUGCGCUUGCUAGGGCGUACUCAUGGCCUGGGUUGGGCACUGCUGCGGAGGAGGGAGAGGUGAGAGGGGGGCGGGGAAGGAGUGGGCACUGACUGUCCAUGUCUGCUUCCGGCAGAGCUGGUGGAAGGCAAGAAGUGGUGCAGGAGGGAACUGGGAGGAGGAGGCUAAAAGGCGAGAUACGAAGUGGAGGGCGAGGUGAGGGUGCGUGUGAGGUGUGGGAGGCACGGGGCGAAAUGUGGAAAGAGAGAGUGAGGAGCAGCAGGCCCAUAGAUGACUGACUGAGAAGGGAGCACGCGGAGGGAAGCAAAGUGGGCCAAGGUAAGGCAAGUUGGUUUGCCUGACAAUCUGACUAAGCGAGAGAGGGAUGUGUAAAGAUGCCUAUGGUGAAGAAGGCUUCAUUGGAGGCAUGAAACAGGAGCUUUUGUUUGUGUAGAAUAUUCUGCAGAUGUUGUCUUCAAUAGUACACUUUUAUGUACACCUGCACACUGACAAGAACCUCCAGGAACUGCUGCAUUGA